AUGAUGCCCAUGAGGUGGACUUCAGGGCUUCAGGGUCUUCCCACUAUACCUCCUUCUGUAGGAUCAACCGUACCAUCAAGCAGCUUGAAGCCAAACUAUAAACUCCAAUUUAGUCUAGCUGGACACACUGAAGCUGUUUCGUCGGUGAAAUUCAGCCCGAAUGGAAAAUGGUUGGCAAGUUCUUCGGCUGAUAAGUUGAUCAAAAUUUGGGAUGCUUAUGAUGGCAAAUUUGAGAAGAAUAUUAGUGGCCAUAAGUUAGGGGUGAGUGAUGUAGCUUGGUCGAGCGACAGUCGUUUGUUAGUCUCGGCCAGUGAUGACAAAACUCUGAAAAUCUGGGAACUAGUAUCCGGUAAUUCUCUCAAAACUUUAAUAGGACAUAGCAGUUAUGUGUUUUGUUGCAACUUCAAUCUUCAGUCUAACCUUAUAGUAUCUGGUUCAUUUGAUCAAUCUGUUAGGAUAUGGGAAGUGCGCACAGGAAAAUGCCUCAAAAUCAUUCCAGCUCAUUCUGAUCCUGUCUUUGCAGUUCAUUUUAACCAAGAUGGUUCUCUGAUUGUUAGUAGUAGCUAUGAUGGGUUAUGUCGAGUUUGGCACACUGCCUCUGGCCAGUGCUCGAAGACUCUGAUUGAGGGUCAGAAUCCCCCAGUUUCCUCUGUCAAAUUCUCAUCCGAUGGAAAAUUUAUCCUAGCUGCUAGUUUAGAUAGCACCUUAAAGUUGUGGGAUCAUGCCAAGCAUAAGUGCUUGAAAAGUUAUUCUGGUCAUCAGAACGAGAAAUAUUGUAUUUUUGCAAACUUCUCCGAGACAGGAGGAAAAUGGAUUGUAAGUGGAUCAGAAGAUAACAUGGUUUAUAUAUGGAAUUUCGAAACAAAAGAAAUAGUACAGAAAUUACAGGGUCACACAGAUGUAGUUAUUUGCACGACAUGCCACCCAACUGAAAAUAUAAUCGCAUCAGGCGCUAUAGGAAUUGACAGUACCAUAAAACUGUGGAAAAGUGAAAUUUAA